UUCAAUCACUGGAUUACACACAUACACUAUUAUAGAAGCGAUCAACAAAUCAUCAUCGUAGCUAUGAGCACGGUCGGUGAUGAGGUCAUCCGCUGCAAGGCUGCUGUUGCAUGGGAGGCUGGGAAGCCUCUUGUGAUUGAAGAGGUGGAGGUGGCACCACCACAGAAGGAUGAAGUCCGUUUGAAGAUUCUCUACACCUCCUUGUGCCACUCUGAUGUCAACUUCUGGGAUGCCAAGGGACAAAACCCUCUGUUUCCUCGCAUACUUGGUCAUGAAGCUGGAGGAAUUGUGGAGAGUGUGGGUGAGGGUGUAACUGAUCUCCAACCAGGUGAUCAUGUUCUCCCCGUAUUCACUGGGGAAUGCGGGGACUGCCCCCACUGCAAGUCUGAGGACAGCAACAUGUGUGAUCUCCUUAGGGUCAAUACCGACAGGGGCCAUAUGAUUCAUGAUGGCAAAACAAGGUUCUCUAUCAAGGGGCAGCCAAUCUAUCACUUCGUUGGCACCUCAACUUUCAGUGAAUACACCGUUGUCCAUGCUGGGCAGGUUGCAAAGAUCAAUCCAGCUGCCCCUCUUGAAAAAGUUUUUCUUCUGAGUUGUGGAAUAUCCACAGGCUUUGGUGCUACUGUGAACGUUGCUAAACCCAAAAAGGGUCAGUCAGUUGCCAUCUUUGGACUGGGAGCUGUCGGCCUUGCUGCUGCUGAAGGGGCACGGGUUUCCGGGGCUUCAAGAAUCAUUGGUAUUGAUUUGAAUCCCAGCAGAUUUGAGGAAGCCAAGAAGUUUGGUGUAACAGAGUUUGUGAAUCCAAAAGAUUAUGACAAACCUAUUCAACAGGUGAUUGCUGAGAUGACAAAUGGAGGAGUGGAUCGUAGUGUUGAAUGCACUGGAAGCAUCCAGGCUAUGAUUUCAGCAUUUGAAUGCGUUCAUGAUGGUUGGGGUGUUGCUGUUCUAGUUGGUGUCCCGAACAAAGAUGAUGCUUUCAAAACAAGUCCAGUGAAUUUCCUAAGUGAGAGGACUCUCAAGGGUACCUUCUUUGGCAACUACAAACCCCGCACCGACAUUCCCAAAGUUGUCGAUCAAUACAUGAACAAGGAGCUAGACCUGGAGAGACUGGAGAAGUUUGUAACUCACUCUGUGCCUUUCUCGGAGAUCAACAAAGCAUUUGACUACAUGCUAUCCGGCGAAGGUCUAAGGUGCAUGAUUUACAUGGAACAUUAGACAAUGGGUCCACUGGUGUGGCUCCGGCGCUUCUCAAAGUCAAAAUCCCGUUUUUCCCAUUUAUGGCCAAAUAUUACUAAGUUUUUCCUUUUAAGUUUUCUCGGUUUUGUGGAGCGAAUAAGCUGCGGUUUCGAUAUGGUGAAUAGUGAACUUGGUGUGGUUUAUAAAUUUUAUAAAUAUAUGUAUGUUGUGUUC